CUCCAUUGAUUACUUUCGAGCGAGCGAGCGUGCGAGCGAGAGAAAGAGCAAAGGCAAAAAAGCGCCGCCGCCGACGAAGCGGUCGCCGGAGCUCCGUCACGACCACCGAUCACCCGCCACGAGUGUGAAAGAUUCUCUCCCUGCUCUGUGCAAUGACUGUAGAGCCAUAAGUGAAGUAGAAGUUCAAAAUGGUGAAAACUACUGGUAAUGAUGCUCAAGCACUGAUCCAUUCUCUACUUACUGCUUAUGCCGCCACGCCAACCAAUCUCAAGAUCAUUGAUCUCUAUGUGGUUUUUUCUAUCUUCACGGCAUUAAUUCAGGUGGUAUACAUGGGCAUAGUUGGAUCUUUCCCAUUCAACUCCUUCCUCUCGGGCGUGCUUUCCUGUGUUGGUACUGCAGUUCUUGCAGUUUGUCUUCGCAUCCAAGUUAACAAAGACAACAAGGAAUUCAAGGACUUGCCACCGGAGCGAGCUUUUGCUGAUUUUGUCCUCUGCAAUCUGGUUCUCCACCUUGUGAUCAUGAACUUCCUCGGAUAGAACUGCAUUAAUAUAAGUACGAAAAUGUCGAUGAGCGUUUCUUUUCAGUGAGUUUGUCUAAGAUGCCAUGAUGAUAGCAGACAUAUCUUUUACCUGGUUGAAGAUUGUACUCUUGCCUCACAAUUCUCAGGAUUUUGACUUAUCUUUAGUCAUUUUGAUGGUCGUUUGUCUUGAUAAAUGAUGUACUCAACUAAAACUCGAGAUCAAAGUUCUUAUUUAUUUAUGAUGACUGGCAUUGUAUGAGAAAAAAAAUUUGCAAGCUUGAGGAUGUUUCCAGUCUCUUUCGAGAUUGAGAUUUUGAUUUUUGAUUUUGAUUUUUAAAGGAAUUGAGAGAUUCUUAUUCA